AUGCCUACCACAAUAAACACCCACACCGUCAACCCCCAACAGCACCGCCACCCCCCGAUCCCCACCCCCACAAACAACCCAUCCCCCUCCCCCGCCGCCUGCAACUCAAGCAUAUGCACCGCCGUCCACACCCGCCCUCUCAUCUCCGCCUCCAGCGACCCCGCCUCUGGCGAGGCCACGAACGCUUUAUCAAGCUGCAUCGCCCUGGCGGCGCGGUCCAGCAUGCUUGUCAGGCUGGUCAGCGGGGACGUGUCGGCGCCGGGGAGGCCGAGCAGGCGGGCGAGGAGGGCGAGGCAGAGGGGGGGUGUUGUUGUGAGGGUGGUGGGGGUUGGGGAGGGAGUGGCCGUUGGGGUAUUGGGUGCUGGCGGUGUAGAAAUCGUUUAG